AUGGCGACAUUCGCACAAAAUGAUGAAGAGCCUCCAGAUGAAAAAUUCAGCCAUCUCCGAACUUCCAAAUCGAGCCACCGGCUGAACCAAAUCGAGAAGAUCAGAGCAUAUGGAGUUGGUGAUCUGGUGGCCUUGCCUCAGCUAGUCGUUUGCGGAGACCAGUCAGCUGGUAAGAGUUCGGUCUUGGAGGGAAUCACAGGAAUUCCAUUUCCUCGAAAGGAUGGCCUUUGCACACGAUUUCCUACGGAGAUCAUUCUUCGUCAUACAGAUGGGGAGUCGAUCAAUUACACGGCUAGCCUCAGGCCGCAUUCUUCGCGGACGGCAGAGGUCCAGAAAAGGCUCUCUGCCUAUCGCAAGGAAGUCAAGGACCUAUUAGAGCUUCCUGGAAUCAUCCAAGACAUAUCGCGAUUGUUGAACAUUGGUGGCCACGCCACCUUCGAAAUGUCCCAGAACAAUCAUGGCCAUGCAUUCGCUCCUGAUGCUCUUCGCAUAGAAGUUACUGGCCCUAUUGGAUUGUAUCUCAGCGUGGUAGACCUACCGGGACUGAUAUACAAUCCCAAUGAAGAGCAAACCGAGGAAGACGUCGAGGCGAUACAUGCUAUGACCACGUCGUACCUCGAGAGCUCUCGAACGAUCAUCUUGGCGGUCCUACAAGCGGGUAACGAUAUGGCUAACCAGUCGAUCAUCAAAUUGGCAAGGAAGCACGAUACUCUUGGCCAGAGGACUGUGGGAAUCAUCACAAAGCCAGAUCUAAUCAACAAGGGUACUGAAGCCAGGCUUGCACGAACUGCGAACAAUCAGGGUAACAUCAAACUCAAGUUGGGAUUCUUCCUUCUCAAGAAUCCAAGCCCUAAAGAACUCGAAGGAGAUCUCAGUAUGAAGGAUCGAUCAGAUCUGGAAAGCGGAUAUUUCUCGAGUCCGCCUUGGACGACCCUGGGUCUCGAUAUGAACCGAGUAGGGGUAACAAAGCUCCGAUCCUAUCUUCAGGAGUUGCUAGAUACCCACAUAGAGCGAGAAUUACCCAAAGUUCGCCAGGAAAUCAAGACGUUUCUGGAGGUGAAGGAACACAAGCUGCAAUCUCUAGGAGACGCUCGCCCCACGGUUGACCUCAUGAGGAUCUUUCUCACGAGAUCGAGUAUGAAGUUUUAUGAGCUGCUGCAGGCGGCUCUCGAUGGGAACUAUCACACCAUUGAUGCUGCGUUCUUUUCCGAGGCCCAUGGUUCAAGACUGAGGGCACGUGUGCAGGAAUUGAACACCGAGUUUGAGGCUCGUAUGCGGUCAUCAGGUCAAAAAAGAGAAUUGCUAGAACCUGAGCUUACCGAGAAACCGGGUGCCAAGAUACAGGCUCAUUCCCGCACACGAGGAAAAGAAUUGCCUGGCAAUCAUAACCCGGCUCUCCUGGAAGAGCUCUUCCACGAGCAGUCGUCGCCUUGGUUUAGUAUUGCCCAACGUCACGUUCUUCGUACCUCCGGGACAGUGGCCCAAUGGGUGCUUCUUGCCGUCGAAAGGCUCUAUCCCGAGGUGACUCUGCGGAAUCUUGUCUCCGGAAUUUUAAAGGCGUGGCUUGAUGAAGCAAAGAAAAGUGCGCUUGAAGAAUUGCAAAAGCUAAUUGAUGACGAACGACGGAGCCCAUUGACGUAUAAUCACUACUUUACGGACAAUGUCCAAAAGUCUCGAUUAGACAAGCAGAGAAAAGAAGUACAGCGGGCUGUGCUUGCUAAGAAAGAUCAUCUUGGAAGAGUACAUCUUGACAAUGACCGAGAUAUUGAGAAUUUCGUUGAGGCAAUUGGAUUCUUCAUCACGGCAGAUAUGAAUGAAGAAGCUUGCAACGAGGCUAUAAUACAGUUAGGCGCAUAUUACAAGGUCGCAAUGAAGACAUUCGUCGACAACGUCGCCCGGCAAGUCAUCGAGCGGCACAUGAUAUCACCCUUGCCAAAUGCCUUCUGCCCAAACUCAAUUUCCGAGCUUUCGGAAGAAGACGUGGUCCGCAUUGGCUCAGAGUCAAAGCAGCAGGUUGAAAAGCGCAAGAAGCUGGCCGCGCAAGUCCAAGGGCUGAAGAAGAGCUUGAGAGAAUUGCAAGUGUCUGUGUGA